AUGACGAGUAAGCUUAAUCAAGAAAAUCAUGGCCGUCAAUUCGAUUAUGGUAGUGGGUCCCUCUGUAACCACGGCGAAGGUUACGAGAUUGGGGGCAAUAUAUACGAGGAUGAUGUUCGUAGUAGUAGUGGCGGUGGUUCACUAGUUGUUAAAACUUUGCAGCUUUUUGACAUUUUUCCUUCUUCAACCGCCUUGAAAUCCCCAGGGGGGAUGGAGGCAAAUGUCGGGUUUCCUUUUACAUCAGAUCAAUGGAAGGAGCUUGAGAGACAAGCUAUGAUCUAUAAGUACAUGCUGGCCUCUGUUCCUGUGCCUCCUGAACUUCUUUUUCCCAUUUCCAGCAAUUCUCCUGCAGUUGCACCAGACCCUUAUGCUCCAUUGAAUGGUGGAGGCAUGUUUAACCUGAGAAAUUCGAAACAUGGAGAUCCCGAGCCAGGAAGGUGCAAGAGAACUGAUGGCAAGAAAUGGAGGUGCUCGAAAGAAGUGGCUCCGAACCAGAAAUAUUGUGAGCGCCACCUGCACAGGGGCCGUCCCCGUUCAAGAAAGCCUGUGGAAGUAAAAAACAAUGCCUCUAUAUGCACCAAUAUGCAAGCCACCAGUGCUGCCUCAGACCAGAUUCUUGCAUCAAAUGAUAACCCUCUGCUGUAUUAUCCCAAAACUGAUCUAAAUAUUUCUACAGCCUCUUACAAGGAACCUAACAGGGAUUUGGACUUAAUGAUAGAAGCUGAGAUGGUUGCAAUGCGUGUGGCUAAUCCACAAUGGCAGCAUUUGAUGUACACCGAUAGAGCAAAUGAGGGCUCGGUUUACAACACUAAUGCAUCUGUAUUUCAUCAAGAUUAUGUAGAAAAUCAAUUGUUGAACGUGUUCUCCUACACAGAUUACCCGGCCCCUGAUCAUGUUGUUCAUCAAAGUAGCAGUGAUCAGAGUUACAUGGGAUCAUUUCUCAACCCUGGUUUGGUGUCUUUGGAAAAACACUCACAUAUUGAGGCCCCAAGGGGAUUUAUUGAUGCAUGGUCAUAUAACAAUGGUAAUACCGUGUCCUCUGUAUCAUCAGAUCAAGGGAAUUUUCCCCCUUCCUCACUCACUUUAACAAUGGCAAUGGCUGCUGGAAAUAUCUUAGAUGAACAAAUGGAAAAGAUCGAAACUGGGAGUGUAGGAGACUAUGAUGACCAUAAAUGUGAAGAUUCAAGUUGGCUGGGCCCCGUUUCUUCGAUGCCUUUUUCACAAGGAGGGCCGUUAGCCGAGGCAUUACGACCCAAAUCAACCACUCUAAAAGGCUCGAAUUCAGCUUCUCCAUAUUGUUCAAUCAGCUCCCCGGCAACUACAGUUUCAUCACCAUCCGGGGUUCUUCACCGGUCAUUGUUUUCACAUUCUGAUGGCAGUGGUUGCAAAAGUCCGACUCUUGCAGCUCCAACAGGAUUAUCAGAAGCUGUUGCAUUUCAAUUGCUGAAUUAG